AUGGCAUUGCUAAAGCGCUACGCCGCCUUUGCGGUCAUCACUGCCUGUGUCCUCUUCGCAUUCUACAAGCUCCAUGGACCCUACCAGGCCGCAACUGGAUCAGCACAUCCCCAAGACGGCAGACCGAAUCGACAUGAUGGAAAAGUCAUGAAAAUACCGAUCUAUGACUGGACCAAAGUUCCCAUCCAAAAUCCCGUAACGGACAUGAUUCCCCUGCCGACGGGGAGCCCCCUUCCUCUACCAAAGAUCCAAUUCGAUUUCCAGCAGGAGAAGGAUAUUGAGAAGCAGCUGCGCGAGACAAGACUGGCGGAAGUGAAGAAGGCCUUUGAGAAAUGCUGGGAGUCGUAUAAAAAGAAGGCGUGGAUGCAUGACGAGCUGGCACCCAUCAGCGGAGAAGCUAAAGAUACGUUCGGAGGAUGGGCAGCCUCGCUGAUUGAUUCCUUGGAUACGCUAUGGAUAAUGGGCAUGAAGAGCGAGUUUAGAAAGGCGGUCAAAGACGUUGCAAAGGUCAAUUUUGGGACUACCUCGGUGGAGAAGGUCAAUGUCUUCGAGACCAAUAUUCGACAUCUGGGAGGCUUGUUGUCUGCGUACGAGUUGAGUGGGGAGAAACUCCUGCUGAGGAAGGCUAUUGAAGUCGGAGAGAUGCUUUAUGUCGCAUUUGAUACCCCAAAUCGCAUGCCCAUUACGCGGUGGGAUUUCCACAAGGCUGGCAGUGGAUUUGCUCAGGUUGCAGACGAUUGGGUCCUUGUCGCAGAAAUCGGCUCCCUCUCUAUGGAAUUAUCCCGCCUCUCACAAAUCACCAAAGACCCGAAAUGGUACGACGCCAUCACACGCAUCACCAACAAGCUCGACGAGCAGCAAAUGAAGACGCAACUACCCGGAAUGUGGCCAAUCUCGGUCAAUGGAAAGGAGGCGGAUUUCACUGGAGAUACUGCCUUCACGCUAGGUGCCAUGUCCGACUCGCUGUAUGAAUACUUCCCUAAAACAUACGCGGUGCUGGGCGGCCUGGACCCAGUCUACAAGAAGUUGUACGAAACGUCAAUGAAGACGGCUAUUGAGUACACCAUGUUCCGUCCCAUGACUCCUGACAACGCCGACAUCCUCAUGUCUGGUAUGGUUCGCGCGCAAGAUGGCGAGAUAUCUCUACAACCUGAAUUCCAACAUCUCGUUUGCUUCGCCGGCGGCAUGUUCGCACUAGGAGGUCGCAUGUUUGAGAUUGAAGAGCACGUCAAAGUCGGUCGCAAGCUCGCUGACGCUUGUGUUUGGUCAUACAAGGCCCUUCCCUUUGGAAUUAUGCCGGAAGUCUCGCAUCAUCUACCCUGCCCUAACAUCACGGGAUGUGAGUGGGACAAGAUGGCGUGGAUGGAGGAGGUCAAGAACAAAGCGUUUACUGAGAACGAAGAAGAUCCGCUUAAGAACAUUGCCAACCAGAGGCUGCCAUUAGGCUUCACCGAAAUCAACGACCGGCGAUAUAUCCUUCGACCGGAGGCGAUUGAGAGCGUGUUCAUCUUGUACCGCAUUACUGGCCAGCAGCAGUGGCAAGCUGCUGCUUGGGACAUGUUCACCGCGAUUCAGAAAUACACCCAGACCGACCUCGCGAAUGCGGCAAUAAUCGACGUCUCAGUCACCAGUGGCGAGCCACCCAAGAUGGAUUCUAUGGAGAGCUUCUGGAUGGCCGAGACUCUGAAAUAUUUUUACCUGAUCUUCAGCGAGCCCAGCGUUAUUAGUUUGGACGACUAUGUUUUCAACACUGAAGCUCAUCCGUUCAAGAUCCCGAAGUAA